AUGCCUCCCCGCAAGAUUCCAGUCUCCUGGGACCAGAAACGUGUCGACGAUGGCAUCUACGACGAGUGCGCGGCGCAGAUGAAGAAGAUGGGAGCCCAGGCGCUGGCUAGUGCUGUUCUCGGAGAGGAUUUUGUUAGUGGGAUGUCCGAGAAGGGUAACGUGUUCUAUCAUGAACCCGGAGCUGAAGACGUUGAGGCGCGCUUCAAUAUCAUCGGCGAGAUUGUUCCCCUUGCGAUGGGUACUGUUCUUUCUGCGAGGGGGAACUGGUUCGCACCUAACGAUCCGCCUACGCCUAUGUCUGACAAAGACAAGGUCAAAGACAUCCUCGUCCUUCGCAAGCCCUCCCUCUCCACUCGCGCUCUCACCGAAAUCUUUGAACAUCAAAUCGGCGCCCUUAACGAGAUCCGUGAGGCUGACGAAGCGGAGGAACAGGCGCAGAAAAAGAAAGUCUUCGUGAAGGAAUGGCUGCGCUCGUCUGCGCCAAACGAUAUCACGCAGCCAUUGGACCUCAUCUCCGUCCAUAUGCCUCUCAAAUACGUGGUUCCUCCGGAGCCUAAAAAAGGUCCCGCUGUCAAGACUGCUACCGCCCCGCGCAUCACCCGUAAGCGACCUGCGGUCAACCUUGACGACGUUGAUGACCAUGGCCCCGACUCUGGGACGGCCUCAGCCUCCAGUGAUACCGAAAUCAAACUCGGCGCUUUCUACGACCCCCAUCUGCUCUACGACUUCGGCGGCGACUUCUUCGGUCUCAAUAGAGCGAAGUUAGCGCAGCACGAUGUCCAAGGCAUGGACGGGAAUCUUGUACCGCCCUUCAAUUACUACGAGCAGUUGAAGCCAGGUACCCUUGUGCUCAUCAAUGCGAGCCUUCAUUGCUGGAUCUUUGGUGGCGCCAAUAAGGUAUAUCAGGUUCAUGCUCAUAGCGUCAAGAUCAUCGCUUCAUCCGACGAACCCGCGGACUUUCGUGACCUGCCCUCCCUUCCCGUUCCUCGCGUUGACCCUUCUAACACCGCCACUCCCUCGAAGUCGAAGUCCUCUUUCUCUGGAUUCACCAUUACCCCCGCCAACAAAAAGGCCCGUAAGUAG